AUGCUAUCCUUUCUCAAAUCCUCAAGCCGAGUCGAGAAAGGGCGGAAAUCGUCGUCCGACUCGAAACUCGGCGAUUCGAACCGUUCCCGUUCUUCCGAUGGACAAGAAGACAAAUACAUUGAACUGCAAGCCGUUCAUGAUGCUCCAGAACCAGACCCCAAGUACUGUUAUUUGGAAUUCAAGAAGGGCGAUCGAUUGAAGGACGAAGACCUAAAACACCAUGCCCUCCACCUGGUCCACCCGUACGGCACCGAUGGAUAUGCGGUGGAAUUGAGAUUCGAUCGGAAAUCGCCAAUUGUCACAUAUCCAAUCUGUCGCAACAAGAGUGGAUAUUACCUACAGGCAAAACCGAAAUGGUAUCGGCCAACCGUGAUCGAGCUUGUCGAACUGUACCAAAAAAACCCCAUUUUGAAGACGCGACUGCGGAAUGUGUACAAGGAAAAACCAAUUACUUAUGGCCAGUGGGAAGUCCCACGUCGUGAGUUGCUGCUUGGUGCGGUCGUCAGUAAUGGGGCCAGAUCUAUCAUGAGGAAGGCAAACUGGUAUAUGUUACCGGUGGCUGUCAAAAGUCGUAAAUUGACGAAGAGCGGGCAAAGGAGCAAUCUUUCAAAGAAGUGGGCUCGCUUAAUCGAACUGCAACAUCCGAAUAUUAUACGGUUGCUAGGGGUUUGCCUCGACGUCACCCCAGAACUAAUGGUGCUUGAAUGGAUGUCUGGUGGAACACUCGAUCAAUUUCUGAAGAAGAGGGCCACCCCACUGGGAAUCGAAGGAGCAAUCGAUACUCUCGCACAGAUCGCUGCUGGUAUGGAGUAUCUAUCAAAGGCCGGAAAGGUUCAUGGUGAUCUGGCUGCUCGAAAUGUUCUCGUUGAUUUGAGUGGCGAAGACAUGUUUGUAAAGAUCACCGGAAUGGCUCGUGUGCGGGAUAUUCCAAAAGAUAGCUACUGUCCAGCAUCUGGCCGUAUCGCGUUUGCUUGGAGUGCUCCAGAGGUGUUGAACAGCAUGCAGUUCACCAACCGCUCCGAUUCGUGGUCAUUUGCCGUGCUGAUCUUUGAGCUGUUCUCGAUGGCAGAGGCGCCAUACGAAAAAGAGCUUGGAAAGGACAAGAGCCAGGCGCCUGCUCUCUUGUUGUGGAUUUAUCAGGGGAAUCGGCUCCGGCGACUCGAACAAUACACCGACUUUUUGUAUCAGGAGAUCGUCGAACCGUGUUUUGAGUAUAACUGGCGCAAGCGGCCGACAUUCAAAAAGAUUCUCGAACUACUCAGGGAUCCGCCACCUACCCCGCCGCAGAGAUUGUCCCCCGGCACACCACUCAUCAGGCCGAGGUCCUUAUUUGGAGAGGAUCGAUGGGAGAUCAAGAAUGAUGAGCUGGUCAUUGGAGACUUGAUCGGAAGCGGGAACUACGGGGAUGUGCUUACGGGUGAAUGGCGUGGGAUAAUAGUGGCUGUCAAAAUAGUGCGACCUGAUGCCACACGCAAAGUCAACGACGAAUUCAAAAAGGAAGUGCAGCAGCUGAAAGAGAUGACCCAUCCGAACAUCGUUCGUCUUUACGGGGUGGUGACUACGGAGAUUCCUAACAAGAUCGUCACCGAAUUCAUGUCGGGCGGUUCGUUGCUUCAUUAUCUUCAAAAGACUGAGGCCAAUAUCUUGCAAUCACAAGCUCUCCACAUUCUCACCCAGGUGGCCACCGGGAUGGAAUACCUGACGGACCGCGGGAAAAUCCAUCGAGAUUUGGCGGCCCGGAACGUUUUGAUCGAUAGUGAUCGGCUGGUGGUUAAGGUGGCCGACUUUGGGUUGACGCGUGAUAUGCCGAUCGGGGAUUAUUAUCAGCUGGUGGCUGGAGGAGCAUUUCCCAUUGCAUGGAGUGCCCCGGAGGUGUUGGUAGAAAAGAAAUUCGCUGCCACCUCGGACUCGUGGUCUUUCGGCGUCCUCAUCUUCGAGCUGUACACCCACGGGCUGAUGCCGUAUUUUGAUCAGUUUAGGGGCAAAGAAGUGACGACGACCACGCUGUCGAUUUGGCUGAAUCAGGGGAAUCGGUUGCGGAAACCGGCGUUGUGCCCGGAUAUCAUCUACCAAAAGAUCAGCCUGCCGUGUUUCGAAUACGAAUGGCGCAAGCGCCCCCAUUUCACGCAGAUUCUAGAAGUAUUGCAAGAUCUGCGCUUCGACCCGGCCUAUCCAAGCGAUGACGAAUGUAUUUAUUCGAUGGUGGCCGAAUUUAAGCAAUUGGUUGGC